GUGGAAUAAACUGUCAAACAGAAAAACAAAUAGCCUGUGCAAUGUUGUUAUCUUGAAAUAAUAUUUUAUUUUUACCAUAAACAGUUUGCAUUUAUUAGGAUUAAAACAAUGGAGGGAAUCAGCUUCGAUUCCCUAUCGUAUCUUCCGGACGAUUCCUUUGUGAUAGAGUGCAAUGAUGAUUUUGGCGGAAUCUGUGAGGACAUCGUGUGCCUUGCAAAUGCAACUCAUUUGGUGGAUCACCUCGAUCCCCUCAGGCUGGCAGCUGGUAAUGAUAGUCCGCCAAGCAAUAGCUACUAUUCAUCCGUUAGAUGCUUCGACAAAGAGAUACCGUCACUGUUUUCCGAGAUGGAAUACUUGACGGAGGUUUCGCCCGAAACGGAAAUCGCUAUCGUACCAAAUCAUAGCGAACCACUUGCUGUCAACCCAAGUGAGCUUUCUUGGAAAGGACAGGAUACGAUUUUGGAGGAAAGGAUUGAGCUGGCUAGUGAUGCGGAACAAUAUUUCUCAUCCGUUGAUGAAGAUUCUAAGGACGACGUCAAAUUGAACAAUCGAUAUCUUGCCUCAACGAAUUAUAGGAAAAUUCUUCAAAACUACAUUCAAAAAGGAAAACGUAAGCUUGAGGAGAGUUCGUACUCGAAAAUGAAAGCCACUGUUAUGAGUGUUAAAGGCGGUGUCAAUUCUACCUCCCUCAUCGAAACCGUUACCUGUGCUUCCUACGCAAAUUCGCCAAAAUGUGCUGCCACUGGAGGAUCUCCAUCGUCCGAACAAUACGAUCGACUUCAAUCGGAACCAGUCCCUCUGCCAAAUUACCGAUGUCGCGAUUGUAACUCAUGCUUCCUCUCCGUUGAACGACUGAAGAAGCACACUUGCAUAAUUGCGGAACAGUACCAGUGUCAGCUGUGCCGUCGAGAGUUCCGUAAGCGAAAAACUCUUGAACAGCAUAUAAAGUCCCACAACAAAGUAUUUUCUACCGAUGCGGAUUUACGUAACUGGUAAUUUUUUUUUCUGGGCUUUCGCAGCUCUGUAUGUUUGUGUUUUUAGAUAGUUGGUUUUCCAUCGCAUCUAAAUGUAGAUAUUUUAUU